AUGAUCGACGAUGACGAAGAAAUUAAUACCGGCGAAUGGGAAUCCGUGCGAUAUUCUAUCGAUCCAACAUUAGAUCCAAGCGUCCGGCGUCUCGUCGAAAAAAUGCUACCUCUCGCCACUUACUACAUGUCUAUCAGCGCCUUUGUGGAACAACACUCACGGUACGAAUACGGGUCCAUCAACCAUGCACUCUCUGCAGCCUUGUCAUCGAUACUGAAAGAUUACGAAACAUUUGUCACGCAGCUCGAAUAUCAAUUCCAAUCAAACAACAACUUCACAUUACAACAGUUCUGGUUUUAUACCCAAGAAGACACAGCCCAACAGAUGGGUAUUUUGCACGACCUUGUAACUACAAUUCGACAAUUGCGCUACAAGCGAAAGAACGACGACGACGACGACGAUAUUGAGGCAGUGUUGGAAGGGCUCAAGAAUGCAGAUGAGGGAGGACAAGUCAAAAUCACAGAUCAAGAGAAGGGGGGGCCGAUACUGAAUAUUUUGACAGACCGAAUGAUUGGACUGAGUGGUGAUCCUCGGUGUAAAAAGAUAUAUGCAUACUUGUUGGCUCGAGCGUCUGUACCCUAUUUUGAAAUCCUGCAUUCAUGGAUCUAUCGUGGCAAAAUCCAUGACCCGCACAAUGAGUUCAUGGUGCUGGAAAAGCUGAGUGUGCGUAAGGAGAAUCUAAAGGAAGAUUUCAAUGAUGCAUAUUGGGAAAUGCGAUAUACGGUGCGGGAGAAGCUGGUGCCGACAUUCCUCGAGCCGCUGCAAUCGAAGAUCCUGCUGGCAGGAAAAUACUUGAACGUGGUACGGGAAUGUGGCGUCAAUAUAGCAAAGCCAGAGGAUAUGCAAGCAGCAAUGGAUGCGGAUAUGGGUGGCGAAACCAACGAAACCAGUUGGACAAGAAAUACAACAGGACCUGCGCGCGGUGAUGUUUGGUCUGCUGUCAAUGGCGCAGGAUUCGUAAAGAGCCUGGAAAUCGCAUACAGAUAUGCUAACCACACCCUGCUAAACCUACUUGUGAAAGAACAACAAUUAAUUGCACGACUCAGGUCCCUAAAGCAUUACUUCUUUCUCGACCAAUCCGACUUUUUAACGUCGUUUCUCGACCUAGCCAAGGACGAACUCAAACAACCUGCCCGAGAAAUCUCACUUGCACGGCUUCAAUCGUUGAUGGAUCUCGUUCUCCGCAACUCGUCGUCGGUAGCAGCAUAUGACCCAUUCAAGGAGGACCUAAAGGUGACGAUGAGCCCGCUGAAACUUGUGGACGAAUUACUACGUAUCAUCAAUGUCGCAGGACUCGACAGCCUGCCUCGUGAUGCUCGUUGGAUGAACGGUGUCUCGGAUGCCAGUCGAGGAAGUGCGCAAAUGGAACGAAGUCAAAGUAUGGUGGGUAGCAUAUCGGGGGGCGUGAGCAUCACUGGUACGAGCACUGCAGCAGGAGCAGCACAAGCAGCCGCAGCUGGCAGUUCACGCGAUGUGCUGAGUGGUUAUGAUGCUCUGACGCUCGAUUACACCGUAACGUUCCCGCUCUCCUUGGUGAUAUCGCGCAAAGCAUUGACAAAGUAUCAGCUGUUGUUUCGACACUUGCUCUAUCUCAAGCAUGUUGAAGAUAUGCUAUGUGACGCAUGGAUGGCACAAAAGGACAUUUUAUGGAAGACCAAGAGCAGUCCUCAAGUGGAUGCAUGGAAAUACCGCAUUUUUACUUUACGACAUCGUAUGUUGAUGUUUGUUCAGCAAUUCGCUUACUAUGUGACGAACGAGGUGCUUGAACCCAACUGGCGACGUCUCGAAUCGAAUUUGGCCAAGGUUUCGACAGUCGAUCAAGUGCUUCAAUACCAUUCGGAUUUCCUAGAUACCUGUCUUAAAGAAUGCAUGUUGACAAACGCUAAACUGUUGCGGAUCUACAACAAAUUAAUGACAUCGUGCGUGGUAUUUGUGGCACAUACAGAACGAUUCUCACAACUACUAAGUGCAAUAGUGGAACAGCAGUCCUUGAAUCAGUUCGGGAUUCCCAAAGGUGGGUUAAGCGAAGCCGCAUCCAGUGCAACAGCCACGUUUGAAAAGGCACAACAGACGCUGGGCAAAAUCGAAGAAACGUUUAAAUAUCAUAUGAAACUGCUCAUUGAAGCGUUGAAUUAUUACUCUGCUACCGAGACGGUUCAAUUCUUAUGUCUGGUAGUGCGUCUCGACUACAAUCAAUACCACAAAUCGAAAUCCAAAUAG